GGUCCCUGCGAGCCAAUCGCAGGGCGGGCGAGGUGCGAGCCGGGCCCCGCAGCGGCUGGAGGCUGAAUUGCGGCUUCUUGGCCAUGGCCCCUGAGAAGCCGGUGGUGGCGGUGACCUGCACCGCGCCGGUCAACAUCGCGGUCAUCAAGUACUGGGGAAAGCGAGAUGAGGACCUGGUCCUGCCCAUCAACUCCUCUCUGAGUGUCACUUUGCACCAAGACCAGCUGAAAACCACCACCACAGCUGCCAUUAGCAAGGACUUCACCGAGGACCGGAUCUGGCUGAACGGCCGGGAGGAGGACGUGGAGCAGCCCCGCCUCCAGGCCUGUCUGAGGGAGAUCCGCCGCCUGGCCCGGAAACGGAGGAGCGCCGGUGACGAGGACCCAGCGGCCCUUGGCCUCAGCUACAAGGUUCACGUUGCAUCCGUGAACAACUUCCCCACGGCUGCGGGCCUGGCCUCCUCAGCGGCGGGUUACGCCUGCCUAGCCUAUACCCUGGCCCAGGUCUACGGGGUUGAGAGUGACCUCUCGGAAGUGGCACGCCGGGGCUCAGGCAGCGCCUGCCGGAGCCUGUACGGUGGCUUCGUGGAGUGGCAGAUGGGGGAGCGGGCCGAUGGGAAGGACAGCAUCGCCCGGCAGGUGGCCCCGGAGUCACACUGGCCGGAACUCCGAGUUCUCAUACUUGUGGUGAGUGCGGAGAAGAAGCUGACGGGCAGCACCGCGGGCAUGCGGACCAGCGUGGAGACCAGCCCCCUGCUCAGGUUCCGGGCUGAGUCGGUGGUGCCCGCGCGCAUGGCAGAGAUGGCCCGCUGCGUGCGGGAGCGGGACUUCCCGGGCUUCGCCCAGCUGACCAUGAAGGACAGCAACCAGUUCCACGCCACCUGCCUGGACACCUUCCCGCCCAUCUCUUACCUCAGCGACACGUCCCGGCGCGUCGUGCACCUGGUGCACCGCUUCAACGCCCACCACGGGCAGACCAAGGUGGCAUACACGUUUGACGCGGGCCCCAACGCCGUGGUCUUUGCCCUGCACGACACCGUGCCUGAGUUUGUGGCUGCCGUGAGGCACUGCUUCCCCCCCGAGUCAAACGGAGACAAGUUUCUCAAGGGGCUGCCCGUGCCGCCUGUCCCACUCUCAGACGAGCUGAAAGCGGCGCUGGAUGUGGACCCCACCCCCGGCGGCGUCAAGUACAUCAUUGCCACCCAGGUGGGACCCGGGCCUCAAAUCCUGGAGGACCCUCACGCUCACCUCCUGGGCCCGGACGGCCUGCCGAAGCCGGCUGCCUGACCGCCUUCCCUCAGGGGAGCUCUAGCCGUCCCUGGAAGAAGACUGCUUCACUGGGAUGGGGGUGCUGGGGGUGGCGGCCGGGGGGUCUGUGCUUGUUGGGGCUCCAGGCCAGACCCCGCACUGCGGCCGAGUUGGGUCAGUGGAGUGACCAAGCCGUUGGGGAACGCUCCCCCCCGCCCCCGCCAAGUGCCUCACCCAGUGCUUCGCUGAGAAGAAAGCGGGUCCCAGCACCGGGAUCCGAUUCUGGGCGCGGAGCCGGAUGGUGUGCAGCGGCUGGGCAUCCCUUCAAGGGGCCGCUCCCACUGCCCCAAACGGCAGCUCUGCUGGGCGUGACGGAGAGUCGGCACCCCUCCUCCGAGCCGGACGACAGGUCACCGCUACAGACCUCAGGGACCCCCCACAAAAGCUUCAAGCCUCAGCUAGCCCCCCACAGCUCCUCGGCCGGACUCAUGCCAUGCGGAACAAAUGGAAUGUUUCUUUGUAGAAAGACCCCUGGCGUGUCUCUAGCGGGAGAUGGGCAAGCGGCGCCAAGGUGGGUGCGUUGCACGGGAGCCUGUGGGCUGCUGGGAAUAAAGCCAUUGGUGCUGCCUGGGA